CGCGGCGCUGCGCUCCUUAGUCAGUCGGACGUAACAACACCUUUGGGGCGUGAGGAGCUCCCCGUUAAUAUGUAUGUGCGGCGGAGUCACGCCGCUUAGCGGAUAUUAAAGAGGAGGAGAAAGUUGAAGUGGGAAGGGUACCGUGUGAGCCCGGACUAUCAUGGAACAAGUCAGCAAAGCUGACAACCCGGCAGCGACUGCGGGCAUUUUGUCGAAGAUCUUCUUCUGGUGGCUCAACCCUUUGUUCAGCACCGGAUACAAACGCAGGCUGGAUGAAGAUGACAUGUACAAGGUGUUACCAGAGGACGGGUCUGAGAGUCUGGGCAUGGACCUGCACAGGCACUGGGAUCGCGAGGUCCAGAUGGCUACCAAAGAGCUGCAGACGCCUAGCCUGUCCAAAGCCAUCAUUAAAUGCUACUGGAAACCGUACGCAGUGCUCGGAUUCUUCACCCUUGUCGAGGAGGUGAUUAAAGUCAUCCAGCCGGUUGUCUUGGGGAAGAUGAUUCAGUAUUUUGAGAAUUACGACCCAGACAACUACAAAGCGCUGUACGAGACUCUGGGAUAUGCAGCCGGUUUAUCUUUAUGCACCAUCUUCCUGGCACUGCUCCAUCACCUCUACUUCUACCACGUCCAGAGAGCGGGGAUGAAGAUCAGAGUGGCCAUGUGUCACAUGAUCUACAAAAAGGCUCUGUGUCUCAGCAGUUCAGCCAUGGGAAAAACCACCACAGGCCAGAUUGUCAAUCUCCUUUCCAACGACGUCAACAAGUUUGAUGAUGUGACUAUCUUCCUGCACUUCCUGUGGGUCGGGCCCCUCCAGGCAGCAGCGGUUGUCGGACUGCUGUGGUUGGAGAUCGGCCCGUCGUGCCUGGCGGGCAUGGUGGUCCUCAUGUUCCUCAUGCCUGUGCAAACCAUGUUUGGAAGGCUGUUUUCGAAGUUCAGGAGUAAGACGGCUGCUCUGACUGACAACAGGAUCCGCACAAUGAACGAGGUGGUGUCUGGAAUUAGGAUCAUUAAGAUGUACGCCUGGGAGAAACCCUUCGCUGCUCUGGUCUCUGAGGUCAGAAGAAAGGAGAUCUCAAAGAUCAUGAAGAGCUCCUACCUACGUGGCCUCAACAUGGCCUCCUUCUUCUGCGCCAGCAAGAUCAUCGUCUUCAUCACCUUCACCCUCUACGUCCUGCUGGGAAACACCAUCUCAGCCAGCCGCGUGUUCGUGACGGUGUCGCUGUACACGUCGGUGCGCCUCACCGUCACCCUCUUCUUCCCCAGUGCCAUCGAGAAGCUGUUUGAGUGCCGUGUCAGCAUCCGCAGGAUCCAGGAGUUCUUGAUGCUGGAUGAGAUCACAAAAAACGCCCUUGCACUGCCACAGGAGGAGAAGAAGAUGGAGCCCUCUGUGGAAAUCCAGGACCUGACCUGCUACUGGGACGAGAAUCUGGCUGCUCCGUCUCUGCAGAGCAUCUCCUUCACUCUGAACUCAAAUCAGCUGCUGGCUGUGAUUGGACCGGUCGGGGCCGGAAAGUCGUCACUGUUGAGCUCCAUCCUGGGAGAGCUGUCUGCUGAAAAGGGGGUGCUGAAGGUCAAAGGUCAGCUGACCUAUGCCGCACAGCAGCCCUGGGUGUUUCCGGGAACCAUCCGCAGUAACAUCCUGUUUGGGAAGGAGCUGAACAACCAGAAGUAUGAACAAGUCAUCAGAGCCUGCGCUCUAAAGAGGGACUUGGAGCUGCUCCCAGACGGAGACCUGACUCUGAUCGGGGACAGAGGGGCCACACUCAGCGGGGGACAGAAAGCUCGUGUCAACCUAGCGAGGGCUGUGUAUCAGGAUGCCGACAUCUACCUCCUGGAUGAUCCUUUAAGUGCUGUGGACGCUGAGGUCGGGAGACACCUCUUUGAACAGUGUAUCUGUGGUCUGCUGAAGAACAAGCCUCGCAUCCUGGUCACCCACCAGCUGCAGUACCUGAAGGCAGCCAACCAGAUUGUGGUCCUGAAGGAGGGUCACAUGGUAAAAAAGGGGACGUACACAGAGCUGCAGCAGUCUGGCGUGGACUUCACCUCCCUGCUGAAGAAGGAGGAGGAGGAGGAGCAGCAGCCUGCAGACAUCUCCCCCAGGAGAAGAACUCUGUCGCAGAACUCUGUGCUCUCUGAGACCUCUGUGCAGUCGGUCAAAGAUGGAGACCAGUUACUGGGUGAGCAAGUGCAGGCGGUAGCAGAAGAGAGUCGCGCUCAGGGAACCAUUGGAGUGAGCCUGUAUGUGAAAUACCUGCGAGCUGGAGCCAACAUCGCGGUUCUUCUCAUCGUCCUACUGGUCAACAUUCUGGCUCAGGUGGCAUACAUCAUGCAGGAUUGGUGGUUAGCUUACUGGGCUGACGAGCAAGGGAAGUUGACCGCAAACAGUACGAUCAUCCAAAACGGUUCAAACAUCACGAUCAUCCAAAACGGUUCAAACAUCACCAGUGAGCGGAACACAGACUUCUACCUGGGUGUUUAUGGAGGUUUGACUGUGGCCACCAUCAUUUUUGGCUUUAUCAGGAAUUUGGUCCUGUUCAACGUGCUGGUGAGGUGUUCACAGUCUCUGCACAACCGCAUGUUCACCGCAAUACUCCGAACACCUGUGCGCUUCUUUGACAUCAACCCCAUUGGAAGAGUGUUGAACAGAUUUUCAAAGGACAUUGGACAGCUGGAUUCUAACCUGCCAUGGACCUUUGUAGACUUUAUACAGGUUUUCCUGCAGAUCCUCGGUGUGGUCUGUGUGUCAGUGUCGGUGAUCCCCUGGAUCCUCAUCCCUGUGCUCCCCCUGCUUCUCUUCUUCCUCUACCUGCGCCGCUACUUCCUGCGGACCGCCAGAGAAAUCAAACGCCUCGAGGCCACCACUCGGAGUCCAGUCUUCUCCCACCUGUCCUCAUCUCUUCAGGGUCUGUGGACGAUCCGAGCCUUUGGAGCAGAGGAGAGGUUCCAGAAAACCUUCGAUGACCAUCAGGACCUGCACUCAGCGGCCUGGUUCCUGUUCCUGACCACCUCUCGUUGGUUCGCUCUGCGCCUUGAUGGCAUCUGCUCCAUCUUUGUUACCAUCACCACCUUUGGCUGCCUGCUGCUCAGAAACCAGCUGGACGCUGGCUCUGUUGGUUUGGCUCUCACCUACUCUGUUACACUGAUGGGCAUGUUCCAGUGGGGUGUGAGGCAGAGUGCAGAGGUGGAGAACAUGAUGACAUCAGUGGAGAGAGUGGUGGAGUACACUGAACUAGAGAGUGAAGCACCCUGGGAAACCCAGAAGCGACCUCCUCCUGAUUGGCCCAGCAAAGGCCUGGUGACCUUUGACCGAGUGAACUUCUCUUACAGCGGCGACGGACCGCUGGUGCUGCACAACCUGAAAGCGAUGUUCCGACCCAGAGAGAAGGUUGGGAUUGUGGGUCGGACCGGCGCUGGGAAAAGUUCUCUGGUCUCGGCUCUGUUCCGCCUUGCAGAGCCUCAGGGGAAGAUCUACAUCGACGGUGUUUUGACCUCUGAGAUCGGCCUCCAUGACCUGAGGCAGAAGAUGUCCAUCAUCCCUCAGGACCCAGUGCUGUUCACGGGCUCCAUGAGGAAGAACCUGGACCCUUUUAACCAACACACAGAUGAAGAACUGUGGAAUGCUCUGAAAGAGGUGCAGCUGAAGUCUGUGGUGGAGGAGCUGCCUGGUAAACUGGAGACGGUUCUGGCCGAGUCGGGCUCUAACUUCAGCGUGGGUCAGAGACAGCUGGUGUGUCUGGCCAGAGCCAUCCUGAGGAAGAACCGCAUCCUCAUCAUCGAUGAGGCCACGGCCAACGUGGACCCCAGGACAGAUGAACUGAUCCAGAAAACCAUACGAGACAAGUUCAGAGAGUGCACCGUGCUGACCAUCGCUCAUCGUCUCAACACAAUCAUAGACAGCGACAGGAUACUGGUUCUCGAUGCAGGGAACAUCCAUGCCUAUAGUGAGCCUUACACUCUGCUUCAAGACCCAAAUGGUAUCUUUUAUAAAAUGGUGCAGCAGACUGGCAAACAGGAGGCAGCAGCUCUAUUAGAAGCAGCCAAACAGGCUUACGACAACAGAAGUCAUCAGAGCAUUCUAAAUGGACACGCGGAGACAGCGGACGGUAGCCUGAUUAUCUUUGAGACAGCUCUGUGAGCUCAGGGAGGCUCUGAAGACAAAGUGCCUGGGUUUGUAAUGCACUCCUCCAGCCUGUGGUGAACGCACACUAGCCUGGAUAGAAAAGCCUCAACAGGUCAAGUUCUGUAGAGACAGAGGACGAGAUCAGCAGAGGCACCGGCCUCAGCAGAACCAACUAUAUGCACAUCAUGCUGUAGUCUCCUUCAAGCUGAUGAGACAGCUUAGACAGGAGUGCUGUAAAAACUGACAUGGAUCACUAUUUAUUUUCUAACAGACUGCUGCUCAGUACACUGCUGCCUUGGAGAAAUUACCUUAUUAUCCUUAAAACAAACUAUGUGCCUUAUUUCAGAACUGCAGCACUUUGACUUGUUAACUUAACCAAAGAUGCUGUCUAACUCUAUCCAAAGUUGCCUUUGUAUACACACAGGUAGCAUUGUUGCACACAACUAGUGAUUACCAAAUCUAAACAACUUUCAGAUUUAUUUAGACGACAUUUAUGCUGCAGCAUCAUUAAACUGUACAAACUUCAUUUUAUACUGUUUUAGUCACUGUGAUGACUGUUUUACUGAUGAAAUGUUUUGUUAUUUACCAUUUAAAAUGUGUCAUGACUAUCUUACAUGUUAACACUAUGUAGAUUUUCUUUUUUUUAUGUCAACUUCUGCAUAAACAUGUCCAAAUCUGACUGCUGACGUUCUUUGGGGUCAAACCACAGAAACAAAGGUUUUACCUUUUUAUGUGACAUUUUUCUUGAUGGACUCAGCAUUCUCUGAUAUUA